UACACAUUUUAUUUAAAAACACAUAUUAGUAAAUUUUGAAAAAUGUCUGAUGAAUAUGCUUGUGUAUCAAAAAGUAAAUUAAAACUUAAAAAUGAUGGUGGCAUCAAAAAGAAAAAGAAGAAAAGUAAAGACAAAGAUAAGGACAAGGAACGUGAAGCAUUACAGCAAACACUGCAGCAACAACAGAGUAGUGGUUCCAAAGCAAAACCAGAGCGCCAGUUAACCAAAGCUGAAUUAGCUUUUAAACAACAGCAGGAAAAAAUGCGCAACAAACGUAUAAUGGAUAAGGCCUCAACUACACACAAGGAGCGGGUAGAAAAGUUUAAUGAACAUUUGGAUUCUUUAACCGAACACUUUGAUAUACCCAAAGUGUCCUGGACAAAAUAAAAAAAAUUUUAUUAUACUAUAAUUUCUCUAGAAUUUUAUUAUUUUUCAUUUCACCUAAGUUUAAUUUUUAAAAAUAUUCACAAAAUUUAAAACAAUUAUAUUUAAUUAAUGUUUUCAAAUAAUAAAUAACAAAGAAAUAAAACAACUUUGCAAACAUCUAGAUGGUUAAGAUAGAAAUCGAUUUGAAGAAACCUCAA